AUGGAUUUUCUAAUUUUAAGGGUCAUUAGUCUAAAAGAUGGUCAUUUUUGCCAAACUCCCCCACCCACCGGCCCAACCAGUAGCCUGCACCAUGUGCUGCCGACACCACCAUUUAACACCACCAACACCAUCAUUGGUCACCAUCCAACACCAUCUCAAACUAAUCCAUCGCCAGUCAACUACCGGACUCCGCAAAUCUUAGAUCUUUUGUUUUCGUUUGAUAUCAGAACCUUCUUUGUGUUCGUUAUUUUCUUAGAGGUUUGAUGGAGAAUAAGAAAAAGUUGGAUAGACAUGAAGAUCAGAGGAUAAAAUUUCUUUCAUAUUUAUUAUUUGAUAAUUUUUCUUUUUAGUGGUUCUAAAACUUUAUGUUGAGAAAAGAACAACCAAAAUUGAGAAAACAACUUAGAUUUCUUUAAACAUCAAGUGUAGUUAAUAUUGGAGAUAUUGAGAAGAAUAUCAUAUGCGAAAAAAACCAAAAUAUAUUCUAUCAUUUGUUGUUUUACUUUUUACCAGAUUUGAUUAUA